AUGAACUUUUUAAAAACUGAUCAAGCCUUAAGUGGUCAAGGGGUGACAAGAAUCCCUGGAAAGUAUUCACAAGUGGAGGGAUGUUGCAGAAAAAUUCAGAAUGGCCCCUCUAUAGUACUUAGACUUGGAACGCUCAAUGUUGGAUUACUGACUGGCCGCAGCAUGGAAAUCGCAGAAAUGCUCGAGCGUAGAAGGAUUGACACCUGCUGCCUUCAGAAGAACCCCGAUGGAAAUCGAAUGGUGUCUGUCAUAUCAAUUCAGACAAAGAAAAUUAUAAACCAUUCUGGAAUGGUCAAAAAACGGCCAAAAUGA